UGCCUAAAAAAAUACAACGAUUGGACAAGCCUGUUGGGUCCUAAGUCUAAGUUCUUUAUUAAUAGACAUCAUUUUACUGUCAAGGAAACUGAAUAAUUCUACAUUCCAGUUUUAUUAUUGUCAGAUAACUGGUGUAGAUUGAACUUCUGGUCUCUCUAGAGAUGAUUAUGGUAGGUAGGUAGGUAGGUAGGUAGGUAGGUAGGUAGGUAGGUAGAUGGCACAACUGGGCUUGACUCUUGAUGCAUAGACAAAUAUCAGAUUAACCUAUAACAGGCAACAAUCCACAGUUCUUCCAAGCAGGGGUGAAAUCCAGCAGGUUCUGGAGAACCGGUAGAGGAAAUUUUGAGUAGUUCGGAGAACCAGCAAAACCACCUCUGGCUGGCCCCAGAGUGGGGUGGGAAUGGAGAUUUUUGCAAUAUCCUUCCCCUGGAGCAGGGUGGGAAUGGGGAUUUUGCAGUAUCCUUCCACCAGGAGAGGGGUGGGAAUGGGGAUUUUGCAGUAUCCUUCCACCAGAAGUGGGGAGGGAAUGGGGAUUUUGCAGUAUCCUUCCACCAGAAGUGGGGAGAGAAUGGGGAUUUUGCAAUAUCCUUCCCCCUGGAGUGGGGAGGGAAUGGGAAUUUUGCAGUAUCCUUCCCCCGGAGUGGGGAGAGAAUGGGGAUUUUGCAAUAACCUUCCCCUGCCACGCCCAUCAAGCAAAACCACGCCCACUAAGCCACGCCCACAGAACCAGUAGUAAAAAAACCCGAAUUUCCCUACCGCUUCCAAAGAUAUUCUUAGGGUCUCCUUGAUCCCAUCCUUAUCCAUUGUCUUCCCGUUUCCUUCAACCUUGCAAAGUUUUUCUAGCUCAUUAUCCGUUUGCAUUACAACACAAAGUGAGCUAAUCAUCAGGAAGCAAAAAUGCUUCAGAGGCUCCGAAGGACCUCUAGGUUGUAAGCAGACUUGCCUGGGUGUGAAGCACCUUCUCCUUCCCCGACGGGCUUCGAAACAACGCUGAGCCCCGCGGCUGAGCAGCGGCCGGGACGAACGAAAAGACGGGACGUCGCCUCGGUCCGAAGGGGUCCCUCACUUAUUGCUGACUUGGCCAUCUUAAAGGAGCUUCCAUUCUUGAACAGCCCAGCAUGAAUUCUCCUGUGGUCAUGGGUAAAGACUCCCAGUUUUCCUCCCCUGAGCCUGAUCAUCCCAUCCUAGUGAAGAAGUUUUAUCAGGGUGAACCCGUGGCCCUGGGGAUCACACAGAUAUUCAUAGGAAUCACUGGAAUAGUUUUUGGGCUCCUGGUCAACUUAAUUGAUACUCGUUUGAGUUACUUCCUGCUUAUAAAGAUACCCUAUUGGGGUGGAAUCUUGUACAUUAUUUCUGGAUCCUUAACUGUGGCAGCUGCUCGGAAUCCCAAGAUCCCUCUGGUGAAAGGCAUGCUGGCAAUGAAUGCGAUAAGUGCCAUUACAGCUGGCCUUGGCAUCAUAUUGCUGUCUUUCUCAUUCAGCCCCCUCCUUCCAUUUGAUUUCGGCAGCAUCUGCAACUAUCAUCGUUAUGACACUAAGGAAAAAUGUGAUGAAAUCCAGAAUAUCGGCAAGGGAAUAUUGGUUUUUCUUAUUGUGGUCAACCUCCUGGAGUUCUGCAUCUCCAUUUCAGUUGCGUCUUUUGGCUGUAAGAUGCUCUGCCGAGAUCCCUUCACUGAAACGGUUGUGGUUGUUUAUCGGAACGUGACUCCUUCCAGGGCCAAACAAGACCCACCCUUUGACUGCAUACAGCCAGCAAUUCACCCCGAAUGACUUUUCUUUCUUUCUUUCUUUUUCUUUCUUUUUUAUUUUAAAUAAAAGUUUUAUU